AUGAGCACCUUGACUCUUCGAUUGCACCCUCAUCUCCUUGUGCGCACAAUACCUGGUCAAACACGCUCCUCUAGCGCUCUCCUCUCUCUUCAUAAUCUUUCUCGUCAUGCCACACUCUUUCGGUCUCCGCAUACACCUUUGCAGCGCGGAGGGCUGAGGUCCUCUUGCCGUCAUUCUGGAUCACUCGCGGACGCUACUCCCGCACCAACACCAACAACAUGGGUAGACCGGCUGCCAAAACCCGUCCGGCCAUAUCUCUAUCUCACGCGGAUUGACAAGCCCAUCGGAACACUUUUGUUGUUCUACCCUUGCACAUGGUCCAUCAACAUGGCCUCGUAUGCCCUGCACACACCGUUGACGGUGCCGCUCACGUACCUGAGCCUAUUUGGACUUGGUGCUUUGGUCAUGCGAGGAGCCGGGUGUACCAUCAACGAUAUGUGGGACCGGGACCUGGAUAAAGGUGUCGAGAGGACAAAGGCCCGGCCGCUCGCUGCUGGGGAGAUCACGCCUACUCAGGCAUUUGGCUUUCUGGGUGUACAACUAACAGCUGGGCUGGGAGUACUCACCCAGCUCAACUGGUAUAGUAUCCUCCUGGGGGCGUCAUCUCUGUCUGUUGUCACCAUCUAUCCGUUCAUGAAGCGCAUCACGCACUGGCCGCAAGCCGUAUUGGGACUUGCAUUCAACUGGGGUGCCCUCUUGGGCUGGUCGGCCGUUGCUGGGGUGACAAAUUGGAGCGUAUGUCUCCCUCUUUACGCCGGCGGCAUUUGUUGGACUUUGGUCUACGACACUGUCUACGCUCACCAGGAUAAAAGAGAUGAUGUCAAGAUGGGCAUACGCUCUACCGCCUUGCUGUUUGGCGAGCGCACCCGGCCCGUCUUGGCUGUCCUGUCUGCGUCUUCGAUGUCCUUCAUCACAUAUGCGGGAUAUAUGAACGGCCAGAGUGCGCUGUUCUAUGGCGGAGCAGCUCUUGCGGCCGUGCAGCUGGCACGCGUUGUGUGGCGGACGGAUUUCAACAGUCGCCCUAGUUGCUGGAAGGGCUUCGUGGGCUGUGGAUGGUCAGGGUUCUGGAUCUGGAUGGGCACCCUCGCGGAUUUCCUUUACAUGUGGGCAUACAUGUCAUAA